UGCUAGAAACAGCUGUUUGGCGGCCAAGGAAAUGUGAGUACAAUGUUUUUGCUUAGAAGAUAUUAUAGCAGCGUUAAACGCAUUGCCCAAAUAGCUGUCGCAAAUAAACCAGGUGACACGCUGCAAGUACAGGGCUGGAUAAAGAAUGUGCGACGUUUGAAAAACAAUAUAUUUUUGGACAUCAACGAUGGUUCCACUAGCAACAAGUUUCAGUUGGUUGUGCCACGAACUCUGGAUACGCAGAAGCUGACAGCGGGCAGCGUAGUCAGCGCCGUAGGUCGUGUACAACUGGCGCCAAAUGGGCAUUACGAAUUGCACGCUGAAAAUGUUCAAUCAAUAGCGGAGGGUCAUCUGCAAGACGGGUAUCCGUUCUCUCCUAAACAGCAGCAUGCGCCGGAAUAUGUGCGGGAGCACCUGCAUUUGCGUUCACGCAUCGACUACAUUGCUGCCCAGAUGAGAAUCAGACACAAGGCACAAAAGGCCAUACACGAUUACAUGGACGAGCUGAAUUUUGUGCAGAUAAACACGCCCAUACUUACUACAAAUGAUUGCGAGGGAGCUGGCGAGGUCUUUCGCGUUCAGCCCGAUUCAGAUCAGCUGCUUAAACAGAUGUCGCGGCCUAAUGUGCCCGUUGAGGAGAGUUAUUUCGAUCAGAAGGCCUUUCUGAGUGUUUCUGGUCAACUGCAUCUAGAAGCAAUGUCCUAUGGCUUGGGAAACACGUACACGUUUGCGCCCGCCUUUCGUGCGGAAAAUUCCAAAUCGCCGCUGCAUUUAGCCGAGUUCUACAUGUUUGAGGUGGAGCUUGUGUAUAUGGAGCAGCUGGAUGCACUGGCGGCAUUUAUAGAGUGCACUCUAAAGGAGAUUACUAAUCGCCUCCACAACAGUAGUGCUUCCGAUUUGCAUUUUUGUCAGAGUAAGGCUAAUGCCAGCUCAGACUUAACUUGGUUGCAGGCGCCUUGGACAAUAAUGAGCUAUGAUGAGGCCUUGGCGAUAAUUGUGGCUAAUAGAGAUAAGUUAAAGACUCCUGUGGGUAUAGAUGAUGGGUUGAGCAAGGAGCAAGAGUUAUUUUUGGUCGCACACUGCGGAGCACCCGUGUUUGUGCUCAACUGGCCUUCACAACAGAAACCCUUCUAUAUGAAGGUUUCACGCAGCGAUCCACAACGGGUUCAUGCGCUGGAUUUGCUGAUGCCUUCGGUAGGCGAACUGUGCGGCGGUAGCCUACGUGAAUCUGAUGCUGAGCUACUGAGCAAAAAUCCAAAAUUACCUAAGGACCUCUCUUGGUAUGUGGAGCUGCGUAAAUUUGGUGGCUUACCCACUGGAGGCUUUGGCAUGGGGUUUGAGCGUUAUCUGCAGCUAUUGACUGGAGUUAAAAACAUUAGGGAUGUCAUACCCUUUCCACGCUACCCACAUAGCUGCAAAAUGUAGUCAAGAAAUUUAGUUUUCUUUAUAUUUUUUAUAA